AUGGCCUUUAUAGACAAAUCGGUCUCGUUUUCGAUUUUGUUUGUAAUCAACUGCAUAUUGUCCAUCAGAUCGGAAAACUGUAUUAACCUCGUCAAUUUAAUCACUACCAACAAAUUGUACGUCCUAAACGAAACGGAAGCAAUUAUGUUCUACUCGACGGAUCUCGAAUUCGUAACGACGGAGUAUGACGGCGUCAGCUGUUCAUCCGGUAACUGCUCUAUGACAAACGAAGUUUUUUACAAGAGCAAGAGACUGAAAUCGCUUGCUGAUACGGAUUUAGCAAUAAGUGACGGAGCCUUGUCCACAGCUAUUUACUAUAGUAUGACUGGUGACUUAUUGUUGAACAGCGUUAUAAGCGUUUUCCCUAACAGAUUCCUCGUAAGAUCAGCAAACAAUACUUUUUUGAUUUACUCGACAGUGUUUGGUAUCGAAAUCAAUCUCCCAAAGCCGGAAUGCAAAGGGAAAGGGUUUACAUACAGGGCGAGAAUAGUGAAAAUAAAAGGAGUGGUGUGCAAUAUCUCUUACGUGUCUGGCGUCAGAUAUAAACUUAAUUGUGGAGAUAUCCUACUAAGAUUGGGCGCCAUCAAUGACAAUAAUGAGCAUGACAUUGAUACAAUAUGUAAUACUUAA